CAUCAUAAUCCUGGAAAGGCUCGGUCGCCACCGUCGGAGAAAAACCCUAAUUUUCAUAUGGUAAUCCUUAGAAACAGAGGUGGGCAGCUGAAAUUUUCGAAGUUCAUACGCGUUAUCACAUGCCCUUUGACCAGAGCUUACACGUGAGUUAUUCUUCUUCAUAACUUGAGCUACAUAUUUCGAAGAAUCGACAUAAAGCUCGUUAGUGUAUCGCGCUGGUUUUCAAUCUCUGGAUCUCUGUUCAUGGCGGGGUUUUCAUAUUUGAAAAGUGUUCGUGGGUCUUCUCUGUACUGGAGAAAUGCCGGAAAUUUCGUUGACGAUUUGGGUAUUGCGUUUCGGUUUUCGGGUUUAUUGUCAGCAAGAGCCUUUUCAUCUAGCGGAGAUGCCGAAACUCGUAAUGGGCAAAGACAGGAUGGAUUGAAACAUGAUCCAUUGAGUGGGUUGCUACAGAGUUUUGGGUUCACGUCUGUGCAAGCAGUCAAAGUUUCAAAGUCUCUUCCGGAUGCUUACAGUGUUGAGAAAAUUUCCCCAAAGCUUCGAUUUUUACGGUCUGUCAUUGGCUCGGAGAAUGACGUUAUUAGAUAUGUGACUGCAAAUCCUAGAGUUCUUGCUUCUAGUUUGAAGAACCAACUGGAGCCAAACUGCAGGUUCAUCAAAUCAAUUCUUGAGGAUGAUGAUUUAGUUGCUAAAUGCAUUAGACGUUCGUCACGUAUCUUAACCAUGGAUCUUGAAGGCAAUCUGGCUGCUAAAGUUUCUUUUCUCAGAGGAUACGGAUUCCCCAAUGCUUCCAUUGCCAGACUGAUGCGGAAUUGUCCAAGCAUACUUGCAUUAUCCUUUUCAAAACUCGAGGAAUCAUUGAAGAAAGCAGAGAAUUUUGGUUUUGUACCGUCCAACGUCAGGACCGUUUCUGCUAUCAAGGUGAUCAAUCAGAUGAAUGAAUCGUAUUGGGAGGAGAAAGUAGAGGCUUUUAGAAAAUGGGGUUGGUCAGAUGAUGAAUUUGUCUCUGCUUUCAAGAGACAGCCUUCCAUUAUGUGUUUUUCGGAGGAGAAGAUAAACAAGGGGAUGGAUGUGUUUUUGAACAGAUUUUGUCUGAGCGCCUCAGAUAUCGCCAAGUACCCGUGUAUGAUAUUCUUUAAGUUGGAGAGGAUCAUCCCUAGGUGUUCGGUCGUUGCUCUUUUGCACUCGAAGGGCGUUUUUGGUGACAGACCUCUUUCCAUCUCUACUUACGCAGGGGCACUAAUGGCGAGAGAGGAAGCUUUCGUGAAAAGGUUUGUGGAUAAAUAUCCAGAGCAUGUUCUUGACCUUUGGCGAAAGCUUCGACAUGAAGCUGUUGUUUGAUUAGGUAUUUCUCACUACAGAAGUACAACAGUAUGAAUGAACCAUGGCUCUUGUUUUUGAAUUUGAGUGCAAAUGAAACCUGAUUUGACUGAAAACAAGAAAUUCAAGGAGA